AUGCCUCGGAAGCAGCACGCUGACUGCAUCCUUCUCUUCACCUUCCUGGGUCUGUCUGGGCUGGCUGGCGCAGUUACCAGAACAUACCACAUUGGGAUAGUGGAGGAGUACUGGAACUAUGUGCCCCAAGGGAAGAACGUUAUUACUGGGAAAAGUUUUGAAGGAGACAAACUUGCAACCUUAUUUCUGGAAAGAGGGCCCAACAGGAUAGGCAGUCUUUACAAAAAGGCUAUUUACAAACACUACACAGAUGAGACCUAUUCCACGGAGAUCCCCAAACCUCCCUGGCUUGGAUUCCUGGGCCCCAUCAUGAGGGCUGAAGUGGGUGAUGUGAUUGUUGUCCACUUAAAGAACUUUGCUUCCCGACCUUACUCUUUGCAUCCACAUGGCGUUUUCUACAACAAAGAUUCAGAAGGAGCUCUGUACCCAGAUGGGACAUCUGGAAGGAACAAGGAUGAUGACAUGGUUCCUCCUGGGAAAAACUACACCUAUGUCUGGCCAGUGAGAGAAGAAUAUGCCCCCACUGAAGCAGACGCCAACUGCCUGACCUGGGUGUACCAUUCGCACAUUGACGCCCCUAAGGAUAUCUGCACUGGGCUAAUUGGCCCACUACUGGUGUGCAAGGAAGGUAUCCUGAAUACAUAUUCAGGGACAAGGGCUGAUGUGGACCGAGAGUUCAUUAUAAUGUUUACUUUGGUGGAUGAGAAUCAAAGCUGGUACCUUGAUGAAAAUAUCAGACAUUUCUGCACUGACCCUGACUCAGUGAACAAAGAAGAUGCCGUUUUCCAGAGGAGCAACAAAAUGCACUCCCUCAAUGGAUACGUCUUUGGAAACUUCCCUGAGCCUGAAAUGUGUGUGGGUGAAUCUGUGUCCUGGCACCUCUUUGGGAUGGGGAAUGAGAUAGACAUCCAUUCCAUCUAUUUUUAUGGUAACACCUUCAUCAGCCGAGGACGUCGGACUGAUGUCGUCAACUUGUUCCCAGCCACCCUCCUGACAAUAGACAUGAUAGCUGAGAAUCCUGGGAAGUGGAUGAUAACUUGCCAAGUUAAUGAUCACCUACAAGCUGGUAUGCUGGGACAAUACAAUGUUGGUAACUGCAAAGGUGAUAUUUCGCACCCCAAGAUGAAGGGUCAAGAGAGGCACUACUUUAUAGCAGCUGAAAAAAUUCUUUGGGAUUAUGGUCCUCAAGGCUAUAACAAGUUCAGUGGUCUUCCCCUAAAUGCCUCUGGCAGUGACUCAGAGCCCUAUUUCACACAAGGGGAUGCCAGGAUUGGAGGAAAAUAUUGGAAGGCUCAGUACAAGGAGUAUGUCGAUGCAACUUUUACUCAAAGAAAGAGACUCUCUGAGGCAGAAGCACAUCUUGGAAUCCUUGGCCCCGUCAUCAGGGCAGAGGUGGGUGACACCCUGUUAGUGACUUUUGCUAACAAAGCCGACCAUGUUUACAGCAUUUUGCCCCAUGGCGUGAUCUAUGACAAGGCCUCUGAUGCAGCCCCAAACAUAGAUGGAUUUGUGAAGCCGGGUGCACAUGUUAAGCCAGGUGAAACCUUCACGUACAGGUGGACAGUGCCUGAAAGUGUAAGCCCAACAGCUGAUGAUCCCCACUGUCUGACCUACCUUUACUUCUCAGCGGUCGAGGCGAUCCAGGACACCAGCGCUGGCCUUGUAGGGCCUUUGCUAAUCUGUAAAAAGGGCGUCCUCAAUGCUGAUGGGACACAGAAGGGAAUAGACAAGGAAUUUUACUUACUAUUCACAGUCUUUGAUGAGAAUCUGAGCUGGUAUAUUGAUGAAAACAUUCAGAAGUUUACCUGGCGUCCCUUCAGUGUUGACAAAGAAGACAAAGAGUUUGUGAAGUCUAACCGUAUGCAUGCUAUUAAUGGCUAUAUGUAUGGCAACCAGCCAGGCCUAACCAUGUGCAAAAAGGACAGAGUUUCUUGGCAUAUGAUUGGAAUGGGCACUGACACCGACAUGCACGGCGUUUAUUUUCAAGGGAACACCAUCCACUUUCAAGGGACUCACCAUGACACCCUGGCCCUAUUUCCCCACAUCUCCAAAACAGUGUUCAUGCAGCCAGACCAUGCAGGUAUUUUCAGGGUGUUUUGUUCCACUCUGCACCACUUCAACAGAGGCAUGAAUCAGAUAUAUGAGGUCAACAGCUGUGGCAACAAGGACCCUUCUGAGCAGCCUUAUGGGAUGAUAAGAACCUUUUACAUCGCUGCUGAAGAGGUAGAAUGGGAUUAUGCCCCUAACAAAAACUGGGAGUUCGAAAAGCAGCACGUGGACGCAGGAGGGGAAAGCUACCACAGACAUGGAGAUAUAUUCAUGAACCACACUGAAAACUGGAUUGGCUCUCAGUACAAGAAGGUGGUUUACAGAGAGUACACCAAUGGAGAAUUUGUGGAGCUCAAAGCCCGACCACCACGGGAAGAGCACUUAGCACUGCUGGGCCCGAUGAUUCAUGCUGAGGUGGGCGACUCCAUUCUGAUCGUAUUUAAGAACAAAGCCAACCGGCCCUUCUCCAUCUCAGCCCAGGGUGUGGAGAACAUGGAUAGUGGGAAGCAACUCCAAGUGCCCAUCACAAAGCCAGGAGAAAUAAAAACUUACAGAUGGAAUGUCCCUAAAAGGUCUGGUCCAGGGCCAUCUGACCCAAAUUGUAUUCCAUGGGUUUACUAUUCAACAGUAAAUUUUGUGAAGGAUACAUAUAGUGGUUUGAUGGGCCCUCUGAUUACAUGCAGAGAAGGAGUGUUGAAUGACAAGGGAAGAAGAAGUGAUGUUGAUUAUGAAUUUGUUCUCUUGUUUUUGAUAUUUAAUGAGAAUGAAUCUUGGUAUCUGGAUGAUAAUAUUAAGAAGUACCUCAAUAAAGACCCACGGGAUUUUAAGCGCACUGAUGAUUUUGAAGAGAGCAACAAAAUGCAUGCUAUUAACGGAAAGAUUUUUGGGAAUCUCCAUGGCCUCAUCAUGAAUGAAGAUACAAUGACAAACUGGUAUUUGUUAGGAAUUGGAAGUGAAGUGGACAUACAUACUGUCCAUUAUCAUGCUGAAAGCUUUCUUUUCAAAAUAGAUAAAUCUUACCGAGGAGACGUGUAUGAUCUCUUCCCUGGGACAUUCCAGACCAUCGAAUUAUUUGCAGAUCACCCAGGGACAUGGCUGUUACAUUGUCAUGUGACUGAUCACAUCCAUGCUGGCAUGGAGACAACCUAUACUAUCCUUCCGAACAUAGACAACAGGAUUCCUUACUCCACCAAGUCUCCUGGGGGAGCAUCCCACCCAGUCACAGUGCCUUCCACCGGAGAACCCGGCAAGGAGCAGCUCUACUUCUUCGGCAAGAAUCUAGGACCUAGAGGAGCCAAACAAGCCUUGGUCAUCCUUUUCAUCAUCGGCCUCUUCCUCCUGAUCUCCACGGUGAUUCUCUCCCUUAGGCUGCGCUCUGGGAGGAAGCAGGUGGCAUAUCAGCAAGUCCAGUCCUGUGCGCUCCCCACGGAUGCUCUGUGAACCCGCUGGCUUUCCUUAGCAGGGAAGCCAAACAAGGCAUCAUUCGCCGAGGGAGGUUGACACUGUAUCCUAGAUCAGGGUCUGAUACUCAGGAAUACAAUCAAAGCAAUUUGCUUUUAUUUAUUUGUUUUUUAAUGGGCUGUGAAUAAUCCUCAGGUAUAAAAUACAGAAAGAGGAGAAGGUGUGACCGAAAGGACAAACUCAGUCUGUUCUCUGAGUGAAUUUGCUGAAGUGGGGAGACCCUCUCAAAGAUAUCUUUAUUUUCCAUCGUUCACGAUUCUUAGAUUAGAGAGCGCUUUCUUAGCUAACCAUCAAAGCUUCUGUAAGAUGGACUACUUUGGGAAAGAAUUAUACUGCCUCAGACAUCUUAACUGGAAUGGCACCAAUUUUUCAGCACUGUUAUGUAAGACACUUCUCUUAGUUGGUCCAGGAAAAAUAACUUUGUGAGUUCAUGGAAAUGUCUGAGUCAGUAUCUGCUGAUAGAAUUUGACCAGAUGAAUUUUUUGGAGGCUUUAGCCAGCUCUCCUGGCCUUUUCCACUUUACUAUAAAUAGCCUGUGCACUGUCUGCUACAAAACGCAAAGUUAUGAGCAUUUUAAAAAAAUUGCUGUUUUUAUGCAAACCUGUAGACAUACUUGCAUGUUUAUAACUCACUUCAUGUUAGAUGUUUUUGUCAUGUUUCCAUGGCGACAUUUAUAGUUUUCAAAAACUAACUAGAGAGUUUAUUUUCUGCUUCAGAAUGUGGAGGGUUGGAAUUUGUAAAAUAGCAGGCUGGGUUCUCGCAUUGUGAGUCAGACAGAUCCCAAAGAGUGUAAUGGGAGCUCCCAAGAGAGAGGGAAACUUUUCAGGAAGCAAGUCUGGGCUUGAGUCUCGAGUCUCAUUUUCAUUCACCCAGGGAGAUCUUCCCAGGUCUCCAUCUUCUAGGAAAUAAAAACAGUUUCAUCAUGUGAGAAGCAACAGGAAGGAUUUGUCGAUGCAGCUGACUGCUUGGGAAGAGAAGGGAUCUCACAAAAUCCUUGAUCCCAUGCCUCUUAAAGACCAUAGACCUUAACGGGGGAGAAAAUAAAAAAGAAAGAAAGAAAUGGAAAGUCUAGAAAAAGAGAAGCCCACUGACAAGUUUUUAAACCAUUAAAUUGGCUUUGGAAAUAUCUACCACAGUUUUCAAGGCUCAUAUGCAAAAACAGAAUAUUGAACAACUAAAUUCAACCCAUUACAAGGCAAUCCGUACUCUCUGUAUGUGUGCCUAAAGGUUAGGCAUAAGAUUGAUAAAAGCAACAUUGUUAACACUAGGGGGAGAAAUUGCCCUUAGCUCCAGGCAAGAUGCCCUGUGAUGCCCAUGUCUAUGCCAGAUGAGUGAUAUCAGUUCAUCUGUCUUAGGAAUGGAUCAUUUGGAUGCCCAGGCGAACAAGGAACACCUAAUAUAUACUCUGGUGGAGGGACCUUUCAUACUUUUUCAUCUUCAUCUUUGGUGAGGGGAAAUGGAUAAUUUGAUAGAAGCUAUAGUCUUACAUAAAACAGGAUGUAAAUGCUAAUAGUUCUGUUCAUAGUUUGCUUGACUGUGAUUAUGAAACAGGAUACCAAAGGAUUUGAAUUCCAGCCUGCUAACCAAUGAUGUGAUUUUGUAGUAUGUUUUCUACAGUUUUCAUGGGUAGGCUGUAUCAUUUCAUUAUAAUUAUGAUAAAUGCCUUAUUUAUAAUUCACCUAGAUAACAAAUUACUUAGUUGUAAGUUUUUUCCUUUUCUCUUAGUUUAUUUUUUUAAUGAAAAUGAAACCACAAAAUAGUUGAUUAUAUCAUUUCUCUAAUAAAGUUUCACAUAUUAUGA